GUGAACUUCGAUAUUGAAUGGAUAGAUAGUUACAAUGCAUAUACAUGUAUGAAUACUUUAAACUCACUACAUCACUAUAACGGAUAUCCGAUGUGAAAACUAUACUAUUGGUAUAACUAUAAUAAUUAUCUGAAUUUAUGGAUUUUACGGCUACCGUACAUACUUUACGGCGGUAAACACAAACUACUGUGAGAGACGAGAACAGGUUGUGGUAUUCGUGAGAGAUGGAUUUUAUGAAUGGAAUAUGAAAAUAUGUGUGGUUUGUAAGUCUGGUGUCUGCGAGAAUGAUAUAAUCUAGUAGUCAGUAACUGCUGGUAUUACACCUGUAUGUGUACACGAUAUAACAUUAAAACAACAACACUUCUCAUCAAUUCACACCAUACAACUCGUUCCUGAAAUGACGGUUAUCGUUCAAUAUUGCAUCUUGUGACAUAGAAUGUCGUAAUUGGAAAAUAUCUAGGACAUAAAGUUAGAAUUUUUAAGAAGAAAGACUUGUAUUGAUUGAUCGUAGGCAAUGGAGUAUGUUUAAACGCUACACAACAACAUGUUUACUAGUUAUAACAUCUGGCGAGAUGUAACGUGGAUAUAUAGGUGCCGUACCUGAUUACUAUUAUACAGUUUUGUGUGUGAACUAUGAGGUUAGGCUACAAUGUUUUACAGAUAGCAAUAGUUAUUCAACAAGUGAGUGAGGUGUUGGGACAGUCCGGGGAAUGGGCCAAUUGGGGAGCGUGGUCAAAAUGCAGCGUCACGUGCGGAUAUGGAGUUCAGAAGAGGCAAAAGGCCUGGAAAUCACGAGAACAAUCUGGCAACAAAAAGAAUGAAUUCUUUUAUGAAGACAUAAUCGAAUGUAUUGUUGAUAAACCAUGUCCGAUUGAUGGAUCUUGGGGAUUUUGGGGUCCAUGGAGUGAGUGUACGAAGAUGUGCGACAACGGGACAACAACACGAAAGAAGCAGUGCAAUGCGCCUGAGCCGCAAAAUGGAGGACUUGAAUGCGAGGGGAGAGAUUAUGCUACAACUUCGUGCAAUGUCUGGGCUUGCCCUGAUUUGCCACCGCAUUUUGACAUCAAACAAUGCAACGAGACGACGUUUAUGUGCCUCAGUGAACUGCAAUGCAUUCCUGAACACAACCGAUGUGAUAAUACGUUACAAUGUCAUGAUGGUAGUGACGAACAUGACUGUUAUUACUACUACAAUGCUUCAGGGACCAACGAUCUUUCUAUUUUGCACAUAUUCUGGACCACUGUGUUUACUAUAGUGUUGGCCCUCACGACUUCCUGAUGGUAAAUGUUCGAACUAAUUGCCGAAAAGAACCAAGAAUCCGAAGUGUACAGGCUUAAAACAUGUUAAAUGAACAUGCAAUUUUUCAGGAUUGUAGAUUUGAUUGGUUAAAAGACUUGGACAAAUGUGGGACGAAUUGAAUGAUUUGUUAGAUGGACUUAAAGAUGGUAUUUUUGUCCAUCUAUGAUAUUCUAUAACAGCUGAUUGUUGAAGGUAUCAACAAAACUUAUUGCUUGACAUUGUUUAGAAUUGAACUAAAUAGAUAUAUGUGUUAUAUAUAUAAAUAUGGACGCCGAGAUGUUUGAACUUCACUAUCUGUGAUAUCAUUUUCCCAUGCCGCCUGGAUAUUAGUAGUUGCUUUCUGGUGAAAGUAUGAAAGUUUGUUUUGUAGAUAAAGUUAGUGCGGUCUUCAAGAGUAGAGGGGCGUGUUUACUUUGAAAUACAUAUGAAUUUGCUUGAAAUAUGCUUACAUAAAGAACGGUAAAAACGAUCUUAGACAAAAUAGUGUUAUCAGAAUUGUUUAUGAAUCUAAAAUCAUAGAUAUCGGAAUUGGUAUUCAAGAGCUUGUGUUUGAUAUGAACACACAAUGAAGUGUAAGCAUUCAAAGCGUUAGUCUUGAAUGCGAAAAUAUAGGAUUGUUUGCCACCUUUUAAAUAAAACAUUAAUUUUUUUCUUAUUGUUUUUGUUAAGUAGAUAAUUUUUCACUUGUUCAAUCUUAGUGAUGGCUAAAAUAAGAUUAAAAAAUAGCUUGUAUUAAUUGAAAUACAUCAUCUUGAUGAAGCUUUAUUACCAACAACUGCAUAGGCUUACAACAGCAUAGGUUUACCAUUGGAUAGGGUUACCAAUGUAUAGGCUUACAACAGUAAAUGUUAAGCUUGAUAUCCACGGCAAUUUGCCAGUCUGAUUGGAUACCGUAUAUACAUGCGCAUAACAUUCCACCCAUCUUUGACUUUAUAUAGAUUCUGACAUCAUCACAACAUCUUUAAUUACAUAAUGUUUGUUUUGUUUAUAUUCUGCAUGUAUUAUUAUAAUAUUUUAAAUAUAAAUAAAUUCGCUGGUUUAUGCACCCACAUAUAUGAUCAUGACUUUGUUUAAAUACAAAUUUUGUUCUUACAUACCGAAAAGAAGACUCCCAAAAAUGUGUAUUCAAUUCUGUUUUGAAAUGCAAAAUUGUGCUUUCAGUUGAAUAAACGUAGAUCAGUUGCGAUAAAAGGGAUGAUUCUAUCUGUUAUUAGAAUAUAAUAAUCAUUACAUAAAUGAACACCUCUGAAAAAAUAUUUGUUUUAUUCAAAGCAUCAUGCCUCUAGAUUCAUGUCAAUAUUCAUAAAAAAUGUUUUUUAUUGUAUUUAAAAGAAAUAUAUUGCUAAGUGUACAUAGAAAGUACGUUUGAUUCAUAGAUUGCAAUCUACGAAAAA